CGCCGCCCGCCAGCCAUGGAGCCCGGCCCCGACGGCCUCGCAGCCCCCGGCCCCGCUGCAAUCCGCGAGGGCUGGUUCCGCGAGACGUGCAGCCUGUGGCCCGGCCAGGCCCUGUCGCUGCAGGUGGAGCAGCUGCUGCACCACCAGCGCUCGCGGUACCAGGACAUCCUCGUCUUCCGCAGUAAGACCUACGGCAACGUGCUGGUGUUGGACGGCGUCAUCCAGUGCACGGAGCGCGACGAGUUCUCGUACCAGGAGAUGAUCGCCAACCUGCCCCUGUGCAGCCACCCCAGCCCGCGGAAGGUGCUGAUCAUCGGCGGUGGGGACGGCGGGGUCCUGCGUGAGGUGGUCAAGCACCCGUCCGUGGAGUCCGUGGUCCAGUGCGAGAUCGACGAGGAUGUCAUCCAAGUCUCUAAGAAAUUCCUGCCAGGGAUGGCCGUUGGCUACUCCAGCUCAAAGCUGACGCUACACGUGGGCGACGGGUUCGAGUUCAUGAAGCAGAACCAGGAUGCCUUUGAUGUUAUCAUCACCGACUCCUCAGACCCCAUGGGCCCCGCCGAGAGCCUCUUCAAGGAAUCCUAUUACCAGCUCAUGAGGACGGCGCUCAAGGAGGACGGUGUUCUGUGCUGCCAGGGCGAGUGCCAGUGGCUGCACCUGGACCUCAUCAAGGAGAUGCGGCAGUUCUGCAAGGCGCUUUUCCCCGUGGUGGGCUACGCCUACUGCACCAUCCCCACCUACCCUGGCGGCCAGAUCGGCUUCAUGCUGUGCAGCAAGAACCCGAGUACCAACUUCCGGGAGCCCGUGCAGCAGCUGACGCAGAAGCAGGUGGAGCAGAUGGGGCUCAAGUACUACAACUCAGACGUGCACCGCGCGGCCUUCGUGCUGCCCGAGUUCGCUCGCAAGGCCCUGAAUGAUGUCAGCUGAUCCCACGUGCCGCUGCCGACACCGCCGGGGACCUCGGACCCGGAGCCUCCAGGGUGCCUGAGCCCACCAGCCCCGGGCCUCGCCCCCUGCCGGUCUCACCCACCCACCAAGUGUUACAGGCCCCAGAAUGCUGGGCGGACUCUGUGCGUCUGUCUGUCUCUGUGCAAGCCUCUGCCAGCUGUGGAUAGCACCGUCUCUGCCUUCUGGUGCCCCUCACCAAACACGAGUAUUUAUAACAAA